AUGGAUCAUCGAAAACGAGCCGCUCGAGCAUGUGAUGAAUGCCGGCGUUUGAAAGAGAAGUGUGAAGGUGGAGCCCCCUGCAGACGAUGUUCUCAUUAUCAGCGACAAUGUGAGUUCAAGGGGUUAAUGGCGAGGACACGUGAGUUCCGCACAUAUGUACCGCGGGAGCGAUUGGGGAAGUCCGAUCUCCAGGAACACUUUGAGCGCUCCAAAUACAUGGAACGAAUAUUGAAACGAGUUGUUGAAGGAAUAAGACUUGAUACAAAGAGCCUGGCUAAACUGGCUGAUACACUUGAUGCCGAUGCGUCAGAACCAAAAGAAGUUGAGGAGCUGGUAAUAGAUGAUGAAGCCUGCACGAUGGAACCUGUUGGAGAUACGGUUACGCACUUUUCUGGAGAAUUUUCAUAUUGGAAUUUCUCCAUGCGCGUCAAAGAUCACAUUCAGAAACAGAUGGAAGGACUAGGAAACAGGGAUCUGCAUGAAUCAAAUCAAGAAGAGGAAUGGCCACGCGCCCGCCAUCUGCGACCAGGACGCGCUCAUCUCUCAGCAGCAAUAUCAUGUUGUCCUCCGCGUCAAAUCGCAGAUUUCUUGGCAAGAACUUUCUUCAAGUAUGCAGAAACGCAUUAUUUCUUUGUUGAUCAGACUUGGCUUUUUGAAAAGAUGAAUAUGCUUUAUAGCGAUCAAGGCACUUUUACCAAUAAAGGUGGUGAAGUCACUAUUAGCAUUAUCCUCAUGAUUUUUGCCAUUGGCACACAAUAUGCCCAUCUAGAAUCCUCGGCACAGAAUCCGUCAGGCUCCACAGACUCGGCUUUUGCUGAGGAGGAUAUUGGCACGACAUUUUAUCAGCAAGCCAUUCGCUUAUUGCCGGAAAUCAUCGAACAUUCGUCUGUUGAAAGUGUUCAGGCAUGCUUGCUUUUUGGCUACUAUGCGCUUCCCGUCGAUGCUUCUGGGCUGGGGUAUAUUUACAUCAAUAUUGCCAUCAGAUUAGCUAUGCAGAAUGGCUUACAUCGAAAGUGCAAGGCUGAUGCUUUCGGUGCGAGGAUGAUUGAGACAAGGAAUCGUGUUUGGUGGACUGCAUAUCUUAUAGAAAGAAAAAUAUCCAUAUUUCAUGGUCGGCCCUUGUCAAUGGUCCGGGCUGAUGUCGACACUAGUAUACCUCUUCAUCAACCGACAUUGGAAUUGGGUGACUCUCGGGCUAGUGUUGCGCGUGCGGAGGCUUCACUUCAACUGAUUCACUUUCUAGAGGACAUUUUCAAUGAAGUAUCCAUUCUUCGGAGCUGUCAAAAGCAGCAAAUACCGAAAAUUAUGAAGAAUCUGUCAGCCCACAAACUGGCAUUGAAAUCUUGGUGGAAGUCCCUCCCUGAAGAAGUAUUGGUUGAAAGAAGUCGAUCAACAGCGCAUGUUCGGUCCAUAAUGCAUUUGCGACUGGAGUACUGCUUGGUCCGAAUGUUUAUCGGACGACCAUUCCUGCUCAAAAGAGAGACUUCGGCCUCAAUGGGUACAUCUCCACACUCGGAGACCAGUCCUUUUGAAACUCAUGCAGCCAGUGAUAGUGGGCUCCAGAAACCCCCCUCUAGUCGCAAGAACCUUAUUGAGGAUUGCAUUGAGGCUGCGACAGAAGCAUUGGGAAUUUGUCAAGAUCUGAAAGACAACGGAGCCGGUCUAGCACGAGCCUCAUACAUCGAGUAUAGCUCAUGCCGAGCAUCCUUGCUUGUAUUAAUUGCUUACUCGAUACAGAACUUCUCAGAGCAAUUUCGUAAAUUACUCUACAGUGGUCUGGGUAUGAUUCGAGAAAUGUCUGCAGCCGGAGAGUCCGCCCGCUAUGAGGUGGCCCUAAUUGAAACACUUGAGCGUGCCCUUGCUCGUUUGCAUACUGGCGCACAACAGUCUGAACAAACUGAAGAUAUGCUUGAACCCGAGACGGCUGUUUCUGAUUAUGAGCUCUUCAAGCAUUGGGGUGCAAGGUUCCGAGAAGCACCGGUCAUUGAUACAUCUGGGAGCACAACAAGCGUUCCAGCUCGCCAGAUUAGAGCACCUCCAACUUCGAGCCAAAUUUGUAUCAAUGAUAAUAUGGAACAAAUGGAUUGUCCAGAAACAUCAUUCGAUAAAGAUUUUGACACUGGAAUAUUUGGAGCUUUUGAUUCGAUGAUAGGCAUGACUAUGUUUGGCACCGAAAAUUCCUCUCCAUCAGCAGCAUGGCCGACUUGGACAGAAACCCAAGUUCUGGAGCAAUUCUUAACCAAUCCCGAUUUUGGGGGAGCCCAUGGAACGACCUCGGGAUAG